ACCCUGAGCCCGGCCCUCGCGGCCCGGCCCGCAGCAGGGCGUGUGGACAAUGCCCAAGCUACAGGGCUUCGAGUUCUGGAGCCGGACGCUGGGGGGGGCCCGCCACGUGGUGGCCCCCAUGGUGGACCAGAGCGAGCUGGCCUGGAGGCUGCUGAGUCGCCGGCACGGGGCGCAGCUCUGCUACACCCCCAUGCUGCACGCCCAGGUCUUCGUGCGCGACGCCAAUUACCGCAGGGAGAACCUGUACUGCGAUGUCUGCCCGGAGGACCGGCCCCUCAUCGUGCAGUUCUGUGCCAACGAUCCGGAGGUGUUUGUCCAGGCGGCCUUGCUGGCCCAGGGUUACUGUGACGCUGUCGACCUGAACCUGGGCUGUCCGCAGAUGAUAGCCAAGAGAGGUCACUACGGCGCCUUCCUGCAGGAGGAGUGGGACCUGCUGCAGAGGAUCAUCCUGCUGGCCCACGAGAAACUCUCUGUUCCGGUCACGUGUAAGAUCCGUGUCUUCCCUGAGAUCGACAAGACGGUGAGGUACGCCCAGAUGCUGGAGAAGGCCGGCUGCCAGCUGCUGACCGUGCACGGGCGCACCAAGGAGCAGAAAGGGCCCCUGGCGGGAGCGGCGUCAUGGGAACACAUUAAGGCCGUGCGGAAGGCGGUGGGCAUCCCUGUGUUUGCCAAUGGGAACAUCCGGUGCCUGCAGGACGUGGAGCGCUGCAUCCGGGACACGGGCGUGCAGGGCGUCAUGACUGCUGAGGGCAACCUGCACAACCCUGCGCUGUUUGAGGGCCGCAGCCCUGCCGUCUGGGAGCUGGCUGAGGAGUACUUGGAGCUCGUGCGGCAGCACCCCUGCCCGCUGUCCUACGUGCGCGCCCACCUCUUCAAGCUGUGGCACCACACGCUGCAGGUGCACCAGCCGCUCCGAGAGCUGCUUGCCAAGGUGAAGACCCUGGAGGGUGUGGCAGCUGUGAGCCAGGAGCUGAAGCUGCGGUGCCAGGAGGAGAUGUCCAGGCAGGAGGGAGAGACCACUGCCAGCCACCUGCCGCAGUCACACUGGAUCUGCCAGCCCUACCUGCGGCCAGGGCCCAGGGAGGGGAGCGAGAACAGCGGGGGCCGCAGCAAGCGGGCCCUGGAGGAGGAGGGCAGCGGGGAUGCCCUGUCCAAAAACAAGCAGAAGAAGCAGCUGAGGAACCCCCGCAAGACCUUCGACCCCUCUCUGAAACCAAAGUACGCCAAGUGUGACCAGUGCGGAAACCCCAAGGGUAACAGAUGUGUGUUUAACCUGUGUCGCGGCUGCUGCAAGAAGCGGGCCUUCAAGGAGACUGCGGACUGCCCAGGUCAUGGGUUGCUCUUUAAAACCAAACUGGAGAAGUCCCUGGCCUGGAAAGGGGCUCGGCCUGGACUGCAGGAGCCUCAGCAGGCAGGACCCGGGGCACCCAGCAACUUCUCUGAAGUCGUGGGUGGUGCCCUGGCCUGACGACCAGGGGGCACCGCCCCCCCCCCCAAGGACAUGCCUCUACUCAGGGAACCUCCUGCUAUUGCUCUGGGGGGGCAGGGCGGGGGGCAGGCCAGGUCCUCCCGCAGCCCACACUGCCCGGAAUGCUGCAGCGGGAGCAGGCUCUACUCUGGCCAGACCUGCCUCGUCUUCACACUUUAUUCUCAAAGCGAACAAUAAACCGUUGCAAAGGUGCA